AUGAUCAUCGCGAAGAAAACCAUUGGAACGAUCGUCAAGAAUGGUCAACUAAUCACGCUUUCCGCAGCCACACGGACUACACACUGGAUGCGUCCUGAGAUCGCUGUUGAUGCGAUGAAGGACUCCUUCGCCCAGGCCGUGGAAGGUUACACAGGAGAUUCGCCGGAGGAUACACGAGAGAUCUGUGCAAGGUUGUGGACCUUGAGCCAUUCACUUUCUGAAACUGAUCGCGAUAAUAGAGAGCCCGACCACCCCGGCCCUAGCGACUCAAGAGACCAUUUCACUGGAGUCUGCUUUAACUCGAAAGGCGAGGGAAAGAGCGUCCACUUUCCCCUUGGACUUCGUAUCGAUGGACGCCAUGUAAGAGGUCUACUGCACGUCUGGAUCGAGGCGGGCGGUAUCGUUGUCGGCACGGCGAUGCUGUCAGUAGGUUUGGGAGCUCCUGCCUGCCGUCCGCAAAAAACUGCCGUCGAAUCUUUGGUGGAACUUGCCUCCAAGAAGAACAUUUUUCUCUCCCAACUUGCCACGUCACCACUUCGAGGGGCCAUUUUCAGCAUUAAACAUGGUUCUUCGUCCAAGGGCGAUAGUUCAGACCAAAAUGAGAAGAGAAUACCGGGGCCUAUGGAUAGAAGAUUUCCACUUCGAUACACUCAAAAGCACAUAAUCUGUCCAACGCCGCGAAUCUGCAAGACCGAAUCUAUUUCCCGGUUUCAUUCCUCGCCUGUGGCGCCUCUCGUGCAAAUGGGUGACGCUCACGAUCUAUUCCGGUAUACCUCAGGCAGAUGGAUCUACAAUGAGCCCCUUCGCCUUGCGGAACGGGAACUGGUUUUCGAUGUGCCCCAGCUAAAACGCAUAGCUGCGAAAUCCAUUAACCGUUCAGAGUCCGAUGUGUUAUCUAUCAGAAAGCUCGCGGAAGGUGGUUUCAAUCGCACCUUUGAGAUCUCCAUGCGAGAUGGAUUCCAAGUCAUCGCGCGACUCCCCUAUCCAUCUACAACACCAACUCAUUACACGAUAGCAAGUGAAGUCGCAACAAUGGAUUUUGUGAGAUCACAUGGACUUCCAGUCCCGCGUGUGUUUGAUUACUCUGCCACAAAUGAGAACCCUGUCGGUGCCGAAUACAUAAUUAUGGAAAAAGUCGUUGGCAAGGAACUAGGCAACAUCUGGUAUACGAUGUCUGAAAAAGAACGACUGAAAAUGAUCGUCCAAGUUGUCAAAUUGGAGGCAUUACUUUUCUCUGUUCAACUUCCAGCAAGUGGAAGCAUAUACUAUAAGCAUGACCUUGCUGAUGAAACCAGGAACAUUGAUAUCAAAGUAGAUGGACCUUUCGGGAAAUUCUGCAUUGGCCCAGAUGCGCACUACAGGUGGUGGCAUAAAGAGCGAGCGUCGUUAUCAGUAGAAAGGGGUCCAUCACCUAAUAAUGCGCGUGAAGUCUCAUCCACCAGAGAUGUUCUACGGGCAGUUGCGAAACGAGAAUUGGCAUGGACGAAAAACCCGGCAGAUCACAUCAAGAACCUUUCAGACUACCUGCAAAUUGCGGACUUUUUGGCCCCGAAGGCUGGAAGCAAUCUGAACCGCCCAACCAUACGCCAUCCUGAUCUCCAGCCAAAUAAUAUCUUUGUUUCAGACUCCCUUGAAAUUGUCGGAUUAAUAGACUGGCAGCACUGUUCUGUACUUCCCCUUCUCCUUCAAGCAGGACCACCGAGAUACUUUCAGAACUAUGGAGAUGAGGAAUCGGAAAAUCUUGUUACCCCACAGCUUCCUCAAAAUUUUGCACAGCUCAACGAGAAAGAGCAAGAAGCUGCACUGGAACUUUUCCGUCGACGGCAGCUUCACUAUUACUACUUCGCAAUGACAGCUAAAUUUAACAAGGAGCACUUCGACGCCUGCACUGAUGAGCAGGUUGUCUUAAAACAAAAGCUCUUCCAACACGCAGGGAGUCCCUGGGAAGGAGACAACAUAUCCUUGAAAGCAGAUCUGAUCCGCGCAACUUGGCGUUGGCGAGAAAUUGCGUCCAUGGGGGAUGUGAAAUGUUAUAGCUGUCCUCUGAACUACUCUUCGGAGGAAGUUGAGAAGUGUUUAGAGCUUGAGGCAGAACAGAGAGAAGCUGAUGAAGACAUGGAAAGAUCCCGAAGUUACUUAGGGGUUACUGUUGAUGGAUGGGUCAGUACGGAAAGAUACGACAAUUCUAAAGAGCUGAAUGAAAGGCUCAAAGCCGAAGCAAUUGCCAGUGCUGAGUCGGAAGAUAUUAGGGCGCAGAUUGAAAAAAACUGGCCCUUCAAUGAUCGCGAUGAAGACGAAUGA